GAACUCCCCUGCCAACUCCCCCCAACCCACUCCCCCCCGACUCCCUACUCCCCUGGCCACUUCUCUCGGCUUCAUCUACCCCCCAAUUGGCAUCGCCGGGGGCCUUCGUCUUCCUCCGUCGGCGCUGCUUCCCGCCCGCCCUUCCCCUCCCACGCAGAUCCUGCACGGCCUCUUGGCCGCCGCCGAUUGAAUCACCAUGGGCAAACUAAACUUGACGGCCCUCCGGGUCCGCCAAACCGCCAUCCGACAGAAGGCCGUCGGCAAGUUCGAUAAACUUCCCAAAUGGGUCGACGCCAUUGCGGAUAUCCCCCCAGCUCAGGCCAUCGUGCGGACCCCGGCCCAACAACACCAGCUGGUCCGCCAGCGCGUGAAAUCUAUUCCCGGCGCAUCGAAGCCGCAGGUCGUCUUCGAGGUCCAGGAGAAACCCAUCAAGCCGAAGAAGGCCAGCCGCAUGUUCCAACCCGUCGAGCUCAAAUAUGAGGAGGAUCUGUUGCGAAAGGAAUUCUUCCGCGAUCAUCCCUGGGAGCUUGCCAGGCCCCGAAUCGUCGUCGAAACGACCGGCAAGGAUGCCGAAGGACACGACUGGAGCCGGAUACAACAGCGGGGCAAGGGAUUGGAUGGCGAGAGUGUGGUCCAGAGACAGCUCUGGCUUCUGAACAAUGUGCCCGAUAUGACCAAGAGUUUCGCGUAUGACACGGCACGCCGUGAGUUCUACCGCCUCCGUCUCCAGGAAGACAUUGAGCGACGGGUCGCCGCCGAGGAGGCCGAAGCUACCGGUGCUACGUUCGGACCGUCGCGCCACGAAAUCGGUAUGGAACUUGAGAGCAAGGAGUAUGAGCGUUGGAAGACGUGGGCCAAGAGGGAAGCCCUCGUGUCGGACCAGAGGACGGCGGCCUUCACCGGGGCGGAAUCCCAGGGCGACAAGCCUGAGGAGCAGAGCACGGAUGAUGUCACUCAGGCCUUAACAGAAUGAGAAGUUGUCGUUUUAUCUGGAGCUUUGUAUAUUCAACCCUAUAGGCGGGUUUCUGCUGGAUUCUCUAAUGGCUUAUGUACACUACUAGAUGUUGAUAUUUUUCCUUCUUGGACUUGUUUUCGCUCUCCUGGAUCGUUUCGUUUCCCUAGCAUGUAUCAGAGCCUUUGGGAGGAUAGAAGUCUCGGGCAACCUCAGCUGUGUUAGCCGGGGUUAACGGGAUUUAAAGUGGUAGGAUAGGUAGCUGUGGUAGACACCCAAACAUAGCGACAU